AUGGGCGGUGAUGACGGGGGAGGGAGAAGCCCGAUGGGCAGUGAUGCGUCCUCCCCUUUUUGGACGGAACUGGCAUCCAUACGGAAUCCCGCCGUUCAACACCUGGUCGACGCGCUACCGGUCGUCCUGCUCAAUGACGUGGCGCCUUCUACAGGCAGGGCAUACCUACAGGCAUUCGGUUGCUGGCGUACAUGGGCUUCUGGGGCCGGAUUCACCUCGUUCCCAGCUCGCGCAGUCCACGUGGCGCUAAACCUAACGAGUUUGAUCCAACAAGGCACGACGUUUGCCCCUGUCGUACAAGGCUGCGCGGCUCUACGUUGGCUGCACCGUAAGGCCGGUCACCCAGAUCCGAUCGCGGCACCGGUCAUCACGCAACUGCAAGUUGCCGCUCGCCGUAUCUGUGCACGUCCCGUCUCCCGCCGCACUCCGAUCUCACCGUCCCUGUUCCGCCAACUGAUGUCCACCCUGGCCCAACCAGAGGCACCACUGGGGGACCUGCAAUGUGCCACCAUGAUUUGUCUUGGGUUCUUCGCCCUACUGCGCUGGGACGACUUGCAGCGCCUCGUGGUGUCCUCGCUGGACUUUACCCCGACACAUAUGUCCGUGCACCUGCCAAGCCGCAAGAACGACCAACUGAGGCAAGGGGACGUAAUUCUGGUCGCUCGCCAAUUCACCGGCUCCAUGCCAUGCCCGGUUCGCAUAACAGAGAGCUUUCUCCGGCAAGCAGGACAUUCACCCGACCAACACGUACUGGGCAAGGUAACCUCCGCCCGCUCUGGGCCAGGCGUGCGCGGCACCAUGAGCUACAGCAGAGCCACGGAACUCCUGAAAGUAGCGGUGGGCCGCACCCAAACUGACGCAACAUCAUAUGGUCUCCACAGCCUCCGAUCAGGUGGUGCGACGGCCGCAGCUAACUCGGGCAUUGCGGACAGACUACUGCAACGACACGGCGGCUGGAGGUCCGCGUCCUCCAAGGAUAAGUACAUCGCGGAUUCACAGCACGACUUGCUUUCUGUCUCCACUGCCAUUGCUUCUGCCUGA